AUGGCGACGGCGACACGGGAGGAAAGUGAUGAAGAAUUCAAUCCUUUCCUGAGUCCCGAAGCGCCUCCUCUGAGUAACCCAGUGGUCGCGGCGACGGCUCUGCCGCCAAGAAGCAACGGCGGCAGCGGCGGCGGCCCGGCCGCAGGCGGUGCUGCUGCUGGCGCCUCUUCAAGGCGAAGAGGAUCGUCACGGACAAGCACGGGAGCCGGCGGCGGCGGCGGCGGCGGCAACCCUUUCGCCCCCUCGGAGACAGCAGCAGCGCAGGGACAACCAGAAAACAGGACCCCGUCCGCCCGGACAACAGGAACGUCCCCUUCCCCCAACGCCCGUCCAGCACCUUCCGCUUCCAGUGCCACCACCACCAGCGCCACCGCCACGUGCGGCAGCAGUAGCCGCAGGAGCGGUGGCACCAGCUCAACCCCAGCGGGGACGCAGCACCGCUCGGGCCAAACCCCGGCGGCGCCCAGGCCCCGGCGGGGAGGGUCCCCCCCCUCUCGCAACGCCAACGGCGGCGGCGCCCCCGCGUCGUCGUCAUCUUCAACUCCAUCAGCACCGACAGCAGCGACAGGAGCCGCACGCUCGACACACCGCCGGAGCGGAACAAGUGCCGGCGGCAGCGGCAGCAGCAGCAGCAGCAGCAGCAGCAGAGCGACCACCGCAAGCCCGUCUCCUGCGCCGACCCCGCCGGCCCAGCCGGCCCAGCCGGCUGCUGCUACUGCCGCUGCCGCCGGCACUUGUUCCGCCACCAAUGCCGCCACUACCCCAGCAGGAACGUCGGCAACGUCUAGCGCCAACGCCUCCCCCAACCGCCGGCGCGGGGGCUCUUGGAACUGGGGGAACCUGGGGCGAUCGCUCAUUGGGGCCGUGCUAGGCCCCGGGGCGGUUGGAAGGGAGGAUGGAGGAGGGGGCGGCGACCGGGCGUCGGUGGCGGGGGCGCGGAGGGGGAGGUUCCGCGAGCUCACCCCGCACGAGAUGCACCAGACCCCGGAGGGGAAGUUCAGCGUUUCCGUAUGGAGGAAGAACAAACAGGAUGCGGAGCCCGUGGAGGUGUCGGUGGGAGUGUACGACACCGCGUAUGAGGGGCAGAGGGCCGCAGAAUCGUUUUCUCCACCGCUCUGGCAGGAGCCCGGGAAAGAUUCGAGAUGCGCGGUGUGCGACUCUACGUUCGGGUACGUGCUCAAGAGGAGGCACCACUGCCGCAACUGCGGCCGCCUGGUGUGCUCCGCGUGCGCCGAGAGGUUCUGGCCGCGGAGCAUGCUUCCGCCGACGUACAACGUAGACACAAGCGAAAAGAAGGUGCGAGUGUGCAGCACCUGCUACGUCGCCGGGGAGGACUUCAGGAAGGCGUGUUUGUCAGGGUCGGAGGAAGGGGCCAUGGCGGCGUUCAGCACCGGCUGCGUUAACCUUCGAGUGCCGUACACGAUCUACCACAACGAGCUGCCUGUUCAUUGCGCCGCCUCCGGUGGUAACCUGAACAUCCUGGCCUGGCUUGUGGAUGACCGAUGCUGCCCUCUCUUCCUCGACCGUGAGAAGAAGAUUGCCCUGGGUGACAGCCGUCGUUUGAGCGUGAUGGGUGCUGCCGCCGCGUCCGGACACGUUCAAAUCAUGCGGUACCUCGCAUUCACACAGGGGUGCAAGGUAACCGAAAUCAGAGACAUGGGAUCCCUGUGGAGGGCGCUGGAGAAGUGUCUCUAUGACGGUGCCAACGUUGUUCCUGAGACCGGCGGGCACCGAUCACGCAUCAGCAACAACAGUGGCACCCCGUCUUCAGGAGGCGGCAGCGGGGGCGGCGGAGGCGGGGGCUACCCGAACUCCGCGGCGGCGUCUGCUCCAGGUGCCGCCGCUGGCGGUACGGAGGUCGCCGCUCCCUUGGGAGACGACGACAACAUGUGCAUCGUCUGCUUCGAGAGGAAGGUAGACUGCACGCUGGUCCCGUGCGGGCACCACUGCUGCUGCCUCACGUGCGCCGCUCAGUUCGAGCAGUGCCCCGUCUGCCGCGCCGAUGUCGAGCAGAAGAUACGCGCCAUCAGCGUAUGAGCGAAAAGGGUUAAGGCGGUUAUGUAUUUACUCCCAAGCUGGUUCGGAGAAUCGGCCCUGGCGCGUUGUUCCUCCUCGCUUUCUCGCCAGCCGUCCCCCCCUGUCCCCUUCUUUGCGUAUCCAAGUAUGUAGUCUCCUUGGCGUUUGUAGUGCGGUUGUUCCCUCUCCUGUCGUUGCAUGUGUCUGGUUCUGGAUCCAUUUGUUUUGCUUGUGUCUGGUCUAGCCUAGCGAGUGCAGCAUAUGUUAGCUUCCAUUGGGGUCAGUUUUUCAGUCUUGUUGAGUUCACGCCUUUUGGCUGGUUGGAGGAUGUGCGGAGCAUGUGGGUGGCCAACAACGACCCACCGCUGUUUUGUGGACCGUGGAACUGUCGGUGUUGUUUCAUCUGCGAGGGAGUCAGGGCGUGUUGUGGCGUUGCGUGUUUUGUACGUCGGGAGGGUUGGGUCUCCCGGACGCGACCUACGUAGUGAUGUAUGUACCGAGUGCCCUGCAUUUUCUGCGCUGCGACUGGACCAACGGAGUGAAAAUUUUUGGGCUCGAGCUCCAGGCUACAAGGAUGAACCACAUCGGGGUAACAACUGCGAUAGAGUGAAAAAUGCAAGCGCUCUCACCCAACGGGCGGGAUUGACCUGCCAAAAAGCUUGUUUGAAUUUCUCCCAAGUUAUUGUGUGGAACUUUUAUGUUUUCAGAGGCGUGGCGUCCAGACGGGACAGUCGCGUUCACUGUAUUUAAGUUUUGUCGAUCUUUCGCCCACCACGAGCAGUUGAGGCAUCAGAGCAGGAUGGUGACCUCCAGCGCACGCGAUCUUUCUGUUGUAUGUCUUUUCUAGAGUAUUGAGUUUCGCUCCUUGCCUGUGGGUCGUUUUCUGAGUUCGAGCUACAGCAGUAGUGUUCAUCUUGGCACACCCCCUGGAGCGCUGAAGAUCAGGAAAACGUCCCCCCAACCAGGGCAUUGCGCAGGCGAGGAAACCUUGCAGCUUCGCCCAUGUUGUGCGAGUAGAUCUUGCCGAAAACAAAAAAAAUAUAUGUAGGCUUUGUACUUCGAAGUAUGCAGCG